AUGGCUCGUGUGGAUAGUGAAGGGAACUCACGAGUAAGUAGCGAGUUCCUAGAUGAUGAUAUUCUUUAUUAUAGGUCGUUUGAUGGCUCUUCUAUGGUGAUUUCAUAUCAAGAACCGAUAAUGCAAAAUGUUGGUGAUUUGCAUAGUCCAACGGAGCUAAAAAAGGGAAUGGUAUUUAAAACAAAAAAGGAGUUGUUGGAGGUGGUAAAGUGUGUUCAUAUAGUCAAUCAUCAUGAAUUCAAAAUGGUUAGGUCUGAUCCAUUGACUUGGGAUGUGGAAUGUAAGUUGACAAAUGCUGGUUGUCCAUGGAAGUUGAGGGCUAGAAAGAGGACAACACAUGGUUGUUUUGAAAUCAUGUCCACUAAGGGUCCACACACUUGCCUCAAUCAGUAUAUCUCGCAGGAUCAUCGCAAUUUGAAUUCUUCAAACAUUGCACAAGUCAUUACUAGCCUUAUAGCUGUCGAUCCUUCUGUUUCAGAUAAGGUGUUAGUGUCUACAAUUCAUAAUGCAUUUGGUUAUACACCAUUGAAGAAAAAGAUCCGGGAUGCAAGAAGGAUUGCUAGUGAUAUUGUUUAUGGAACUUGGGAGGAGUCAUAUCAGAAGCUUCCUAUAUUUUUAAAUACAGUGGUAAAAUUCAAACGAGUCUUCUGGACAUUCAAGCCCUGUAUAGAGGCAUUUGCACAUUGCAUACCGGUACUUCAGAUUGAUGGUACACAUCUAUAUGGGAAGUACCAUGGAGUAUUACUUACCGCUACAGCUGUUGAUGGAUUCUACCACCUUCUUCCUAUAGCGUUUGCAAUUGUCGAGGGGGAAAAUGUGGCAAGUUGGACUUGGUUCUUGGAGCGAGUGAGGAAGUUAGUUUCGCCAGGACGGAAAGAGGUCUGUGUAAUUUCUGAUAGGCAUUUGGGGAUAAUUUCUGCUAUGAACAAUUUGGAAAUAGGGUGGUGCGAACCAUUCGGGCACCACAGGUUUUGUGUGAGACACCUUGCUGCUAAUUUUGCCAAGAAAUUCAAGAAAGGUGGCUUGAAGGAAAGGGUGGUUGCAAUGUGUAGCCAACUAACAGAGACAAAGUCCAAUUUGCAUUGGAAUGCAUUGUUGGCAGUUGAGAGUGGAGCAGAUGAAUGGUUUAGUGAAAUAAACCCCAAACAGUCAACUUUGGUUUAUGACGGAGGAAAAAGAUAUGGGAUCAUGACGACAAAUAUGGCUGAGAGUUGGAAUAAUGCCAUUAAAGCUUCAAGAAAACUCCCAAUUACUGCAUUGGUCACUUCUUUAUUUUACAAGAUUGUAAGCUACUUUGACCAACGCAGGGUGGAGAUAGAAAAACAGGCUAUUACUGGUAAUGAGUUUACCAAACACGCAAACAAAAUUCUAGGUAGAGGGAUAAAGCGUGCUAGUGGACAUCAUGUGAAAUUAUUUGAUAGAAGUUCUUUGAUAUUUGAGGUGACUACAAUGAAACAUGGUCAAAAGGGUGGGAAUAAACAGAUUGUGCACUUAAAUGAUUAUAUGUGCACAUGUAAUAAGUGGCAGACAUUCCAUAUUCCCUGUUCUCACGUGCUUGCCUGUUGUGCUAGUGUCGGAAUUCAGCACACGGGUUUCAUAGAUGAUUGUUACAAGCUAGACAAUGCAAGGAAGGUUUAUGCAGGUCACUUUGAGCCAAUACCAAAUCAAACUAACUGGCCUUUAUUAGUUAAUUUUCCUUUGGUGAUGCAUGAUAAUGAGAGUAUUACGAAGAAAUUGGGGCGCAGAAAGUCAACAAGAUACAAAAAUGAGAUGGAUUAUCAGGCAUUAGGAAAAGGAAAAGGCUCUUUUUCAGUUCUACAAGAGGUUUUGUUGAAAGUUCUUGGAUGCCUAUUAUUUAGCAAUGGCCUGAAAAGUUUUGUAUUGGAGGCUGCUGCUCAACUACAUAUGGGGGAGGCUGUUGUUGUUCUUGCAGGAGUGAAUGUGGUUGCUGCAGUGAAGGUGGUUGUUGUGCUAAAAGCAGCGACAUGUAGUUUCCCUGCGGUCUAG